AUGUGUGAUUGGGACGUAAAGUUGGUUCAGCACCUCAUGUUAAGUAUUUGGGAGAGGAUUGGGAUUUGGGAAAUAAGAACAGGAACUUUGCUCAAGCACGAAAGAUAUGUGACCCAGUACAGGGCAAUCUUUGUUGUUAACUGUAAAGUUGACAGUAACAGAGUGCAGCAUAGCCGUCCAAAUCCAAAGCAAAGCAAAAGGAGUAGAGAACCUGAUGAGAAUGAAGCAAAUCCUGCUGAUGGUGAAACAUUCAAGGCAGUAUGCUGCUCAGUUUGCUCAACGGAAGUUGGUGUCAUUGAUGAAGAUGAGGUUUAUCAUUUUGUCAAUGUUCUUCCUAGUGAAUCUUGA